AUGGAGGAAAUGCCAUGUUCAUCAUCUUCACGAGCAACAAAGCAGUUGAUUAUAAGUCAAUGCCCGAAGAUUUUAUGCAUCCAUUUGCUACGUGCUUCAGUCAGUCUUGACGGUGAGCCCAUCAAACAUCAGGAUCUGAUCACUUGUCAUUUUCUGGCAAAUGUUGAUGUGUCUAGUAGUUCAUCAUCAUCACCGCAUCCAUCAAUGAGCAAGUUAUAUGGUCUCUCGGCUGUCGUUGAGCACUACGGGAAAUGUGGAGGAGGGCAUUAUGCUGUUUACAGGAGAGUUGCAUCAAAUCCUGACCCUGAUGAUCCAGGGAAACCUCUUGCAGGCCUUGGCAGGCGGUGGUUUUACAUAUCGGAUGGCAACGUAUCAGAAGUUCCAGAGGAGGAUGUUUUGUGUGCAGAGGCCACGCUCCUUUUCUAUGAAAGAUUGUAG